GUUGGAUCGCUGACCGGAUGUGAACUGUCUAUAGUUAAGAAAGCGUGAUGAGAAGUUAAAUCCGAACGGGAACAGUCGCGCGCAAGGUUUUCCGCGUUGAGCUUGGACGAAUCCAAUCGCGAAGGUUCUACACGAUAGUAGUUCACUAGAUUCGUAGAGAGCCAGGAAGAAUGUGCCCGCGGAAUCAUCCCGCGAGGACAAUGUUUACUUGGCCAAACUGGCCGAGCAGGCAGAACGAUAUGAGGAAAUGGUUGAGUUCAUGGAGAAGGUCGCGAAGACAGUGGGCGUGGAAGAGCUCACAGUGGAGGAGCGCAAUCUCCUUUCUGUAGCCUACAAAAAUGUGAUUGGGGCACGCCGUGCCUCGUGGCGCAUCAUCUCCUCCAUCGAGCAGAAGGAAGAGAGCCGCGGCAAUGCGGGGCAUGUUUCUUCGAUCAAGGACUACCGUGGCAAGAUCGAGACUGAGCUCAGCAAGAUCUGCGACGCUAUUCUGAGAUUGCUUGAUUCCCAUCUCAUACCUUCUUCCACUGCCGCAGAGUCCAAGGUGUUUUACUUGAAGAUGAAGGGGGAUUACCACAGGUACAUCGCGGAAUAUAAGACUGGAGAUGAGAUGAAGGAGGCUGCAGAGAGUACACUGCAAGCCUACAAAUCUGCUCAGGAUAUUGCCCUGGCUGAUCUAGCUCCAACUCAUCCUAUUAGGCUUGGUCUGGCUCUUAAUUUCUCAGUGUUCUACUAUGAAAUUGUGAACUCUCCUGAUCGGGCUUGCAGCCUUGCAAAACAGGCUUUUGAUGAGGCUAUCUCAGAGUUGGACACUCUCAGUGAAGAAUCGUACAAAGAUAGCACAUUGAUCAUGCAACUUCUUCGUGACAACUUGACCCUAUGGACCUCUGAUAUCACUGAGGAUGCCGGAGAUGAGAUCAAAGACGCCCCAAAGCGUGAAUCCGAGGAAGGACACUAACAGGAAGCAGGCACGCGUAUGACUGAUGUUCCUCGGUACCUUGAGUUUGUUGUCUCUUUCACGUACUCUGUGUGCUAGAUUUCCAUAUGAAGCACUUGCAGGUCAUUCUCAUGUUAAUUGAUUCUACAUUGCAUAACUUAGCUUUGACUACUAAUGACGCAUUCAUAUAGUUUGGGCGUCUAGCCAUCAUUUCAUAAGGCCGAAAAUAUCAAUUAUUUCACCUUGCUCA